CCUAAAUCAAUACAACAUGAGAACAUUUGAUACAGAUGAAAACAGAUUGCCGGAUACGUACAUUUUAUGUGAGUUUUGAGGGUUAAUACUGCGUUCAAAAACGACCGCGAGGAAGAACUCACGAUUUCAUUCCACGUCAAUACAAGAAAUGCAAUAUCGAUGGAUGCUGUCGAAGUCAUUUUCCUUUUCCGGCUCGUGCAGAGUGGACUCAUUUUUAUGGCGAUGGCCGCCAGCAUAGUUUGCCUCUGGCAUAUCAUUUAUUUCCGGCGGAAAAGCUGUGCUAACGCCGGCACCAUAUUUGCUAUGAUUUUUACCGGUUUCGUCCACCUGAUAAUAUGUAUGGGCAUGUUAUCAAUAGCCGAAGAGCCAAUGGUUAUACCAAACCAAGCACCGGCGCAUUUGUGCUUGGACUACACUAUUCCGGCGUUGUAUGCGAAUUCGAUUGUCUAUAUUUUUAUUUUGCAUAAUUUAAUAUUUAACCAUGCACAAACGACAGUUGGAGCUUUGCUUAUCUGGAUAUUGUCCAUUGGCUCCAUCUUGACUGGUCUCGUAUUGAUAUCGGAUACGUCAGGUGCACAGACUGUGUCACAUUUGAAUCAAAGGAACUUCCUGUCCCUCAUGGAUUCUCCAAAAGGUCACAUUGAAGCAUUCGUGUCAGUCUGCGAGAAACACAUUUCCAGCGAAAUUGCAAAUGUGAUGAUCGAGUACUUGCUAUUAUACCUUCCGGUUGUUAUCAUAGUGACGUGGGCGCUAGCAAGGAAAUUCCUGCAAACAGGAGAAGUGUCCAUGCUGAAGCUGGCUAUCCUUUCAAACAAAGAAUGCGUCACAAAUUCUCAAACCUGCGACUGUGUGAAACUUAACACUGUUCUGGUUGCCGUUUUGGUCAACUCUGCUAUACUGCUGUUCAUCGCGAAGCCAGGAUACAUGCUGUAUGCGCACGCAACCUCGGGGUACUUCCGGGAUAUAAUUCCGAGUUUAUUGCAAACAGUUCUGUUUACGUAUAUUUGCGCAGAGUAUAUUGGCAAGGUGAUUGUACAGCGAAGACGGGAAAUUCAAACACAACAGGGGUGUAAAUGUGAGACUGAAAACAGCGCGACUGUUUAAGACAAUGUUCAACCAAACAUCUACGAAUUUUGUCGAACGUAUGUAAAUUAUAAAAUCCUUUAGAUUAAUCGUUGUUAAUUGAUCAAUAACCAACUGUUUGGAAUGUAUGGUUUAAAAAUGAAACCACGAGAACGUUUGCACGAGAAGAUUUUGAAAACCCAAUCAGAGCGGAAAAUAGUUGUUUUUAAGGAUACAGAACAAUUCUGCGGAAAUACUCUAAAUUAGGGAACUGAGCGGUUCUUAUAUUAUCAAAAUUGACUGAUAAAGUCCUUGGAAGACUUAUUUGUACACAGCGCAAAUUAUUUUUAGUUUUGUGUUUCAAUCGCUUUCCAUACUAAUAGCGUGGGAAAUAAUGGUUUAUUAUGUCAUAUUUGUGCUACCUACACAAGGUGUAAUGUAUUAAUAAAAUGUUUGAUACGGUCUAAAACUGUGUAAUGACAUAUCAAUCAGAUACCAAAACGUGCAAUAUUUAGUACAAACAUGGCCUUACCUGUCCCAAGAGAGUACUAGCAUACAGGGGAAGUAACUGAAUAUCGAGGACCUACCUAAUCCUAGUGAGACCUAGUAUACAGGGAAAGUAACUGAUUAUCGAGGACCUACCUAAUCCUAGUGAGACCUAGUAUACAGGGAAAGUAACUGAAUAUCGAGGACCUACCUAAUCCUAGUGAGACCUAGUAUACAGGGGAAGUAACUGAAUAUCGAGGACCUACCUAAUCCUAGUGAGACCUAGUAUACAGGGGAAGUAACUGAAUAUCGAGGACCUACCUGAUCCUAGUGAGACCAUAUAUUAAUAGGAAGUUACCGCUGUCUAAUAACAAUUCGUACAUAUUUGUCAUCAAGCCGUAAUCUUCAUUUAUUCAAAUCGGAUCUAAUUUGUACGCUUUUACGAGUAGUUUUACAAAUCUGAUUGUGUUCUUUGAUGUCUUUGUAGGCUUUUUCAGCGAAUACAUUUUGUACCGCAUAUUACAUUCAUAGACAUGCUUAACGUAAAUAAACGUUUAGACUUGUUAAUAAUGCAUGUAGGUUCAAAGGGUAUUAUUCUAGAACAGUUAACAACAUUCGACGUGUUGAUUAAAUGUAAGGAUCAAAUUAUCAUUUUCUCAAUUAGUCGCACGUUAUUGGAUGCUCAUAGAUAAAUAAUAAGGCAUUAUAACUUAAUGCGCAUGUACAUGACCUAAUGUUUAAUAUAAUGAAAGAAUUAAUAAAUUAUAAUUGUUUCGUUAAAUAUUUGAUCCGCGUUUUGCGAAGAUAGGUAUCAUGCCAUUCAGACAUAUUAGCUCCAGACCAACCCACGAGUUCGCGCAGACUCUUAAGAUACUACGCUUGCCACUUUGACGUGAGGCAAAGUUUCGUGUUUUUAUUAACGGAAAAGGUAGCAUCUGACCAGUCUGUGCGAAUGGUUUGGUGUUACGCUUGUCGCAUCGAGCAGAAAACAUAUUUUCGCAUGUCGUGGGUCAAUGUUAUAUAACAUCACCCAUGAAUAUAAACAUUGUAUACAUAUAGCCCUACAGUUAGCCAGUUAAAAGAUGGACCAGUAUGUACAAGUUAUGAAAUCAAUCCCUGUAUACUUUAUUAUGCUUCUUGUAUUUGUUUAUGCGAGGGACAUUAUUAAAAUUAUUUAUAAGGGAAACGAUAAUUUGUAUUUUCCCGCUAUACAUGACUUCGUGUCUUUGUAUUCUUUGGUCCACUUUCAAGAACCGACAGAAAACUAAAUGGAGCGUAUCAUGCAAUAAGACUCACAUAAACGCAUACAUCCCGUGUAUGAUAUCGCUGUAAACGUGUAUAAUUCUUUGGUCACAGUUCAGCGACUUGGAUCAGAGAAUAAGUACACACGAAGGAAAAAUGUUACAAGUACAAAUAUUACAUAUCGUUAAAGGUAUAGUAAAACAAUGACGAGCGGGCCAUUAUUCGUAUUUGGCGGGUCAACAUAAAUUAAAUCGGCCCGCCUAGUCGGUUCGAUUUUUCAUAUUUGAAAAGAAUCGUAUCGCGCGACGUCAACUGAACAAAAAGGCGUCCACACUUAGUCUUUUUCUAAUAAAUUAAAUUAAGCCAGCAAUAAACGAAUUAAUAAAAGAAUAAUACUAAUUAAAGGUA